ACCGAGGGGGCGCGCCCGACCUCAGUCCUGCUGGAGCGCACGGAAGCCCCCCAGGCUCGGUCCCGAGAUGUUGGCCAGCAAGCGGGUGGCUAAGGAGCUGGAGGAUCUUCAGGCAAAUCUUCCCCCCUACCUACGGAACCUGUUCAGCGACGAUGCAGACGUCCUGGUGUGGCAUGUGCUCCUCCUGCCCGAGGAACCACCCUACAACCUCAAGGCCUUCCACGUGCGCAUCAGCUUCCCCGAAGACUAUCCGUUCAAGCCCCCUAUGGUGACAUUUACUACCAGGAUCUACCACCCCAAUGUGGGCCACGAUGGAAGCGUUUGCCUGCCCAUCAUCAGCCGUGAGAACUGGCAGACUCACACCAAGACCAGCCAAGUCCUGGAGGCCCUCAGCGUGCUGGUGAAUAGACCGGACCUGGGGCAGCCGAUUCGGCUGGAGCUCGCCGACCUGCUGGCAGAGAACCCAGAGCGGUUCAACAGCGAGGCCCAAGAGUUCACCCUCAAGUACGGAGCCGACCGGCCCUCCUAGUGGUUCUCCCCCGUCCCUGCGCGGGAUCCUCUGCUUGGCGGACAGACACAUCUCACGGAGUG